CUUUUGUUUCUGCCCUUUUGACAUCAUAUAUGGCUACUGAUGGCAAUGUUCCUCAGGUUCCCUUGCGUCAGAAGACGAGAAAGAAAACUCAAGGUUUUUUCACCAUGAGUCGGAGGAGGAUAUCAUGCAAAGACCUGGGACAUGCUGACUGCCAAGGGUGGCUAUAUAAGAAAAAGGAAAAGGGAACUUUCCUCGGCAACAAAUGGAAAAAGUUCUGGGUGGUGCUGAAGGGAUCGUCACUGUAUUGGUAUAGCAAUCAAAUGGCAGAGAAAGCUGAUGGAUUUGUCAACCUGCCCGAUUUCACUGUGGAAAGAGCAUCUGAAUGCAAGAAAAAGCAUGCUUUUAGGAUCAGCCAUCCGCAGAUAAAGACCUUUUAUUUUGCAGCCGAGAAUACGCAGGAAAUGAGCGUGUGGUUAAACAAGCUUGGAUUAGCUGUAAUCCACCAUGAACCCACUACAAAGGAUGAUGAAUGCUACAGUGAGAGUGAACAGGAAGAUCCUGAAACGGCUGUAGAGACACCACCCCCUCCUUACUCUUCGGAGACUCUGUCUUCUUUGGCUGCACAGCAAGCAUCUUCAUCUUCACCCAAUUAUUCUUUCUCUUCUUUGGAAAAUACAAUAAAGACACCCAGCAGUUCGUCUUCCUCCUUACCUAAAGAAAGAAAGUCCUGGAUCGACAUAGUUGACAGUUUGUCUGCUGCUGAAGACGUGGGACAAUCUAUAACAUUUGCUGUGCGGGUUCAUUCACCUGCACCCUCAGAGGCGAACAGUGGCAAGGCCCUGGAAAACAGCUCUGCCACAUCAGAAAGUGAAUUUUUUAACUCUUUAUCCAGUGAUGAUACUUCUUCAUUGAGUAGCAACCUAGAUCAUCUAACUGUCCUGGACAAGCCUGCUGGAUCAAAGACGAUGGACAAAGAAGAAACAAAAGUGUCUGAAGAUGAAAUGGAGAAGCUCUACAAAUCAUUAGAGCAAGCUAGUCUAUCUCCUCUUGGGGACCGACGACCUUCCACCAGAAAGGAGUUGAGAAAGUCCUUUGUUAAGCGGUGCAAAAAUCCAUCCAUAAAUGAGAAACUCCACAAAAUCCGAACCUUGAAUAGCACAUUAAAGUGUAAAGAACAUGACCUGGCCAUGAUUAACCAGUUGCUGGAUGAUCCGAAGUUGACAGCCAGAAAAUACAGGGAGUGGAAGAACAUGAACACCCUGCUGAUCCAGGAUAUCUAUCAGCAGCAGACACCUACGUCUGCCCCUGAAGGCAACCCCGAGGGACUCGAGAAACCACCUUCUUCUGCCUAUGUUGAACAUUCUAUCUGAGAACAAGCCAGGAUUCUCUCCUGUUAUAUCUUACCCCAAGCAACUCUUCAAGAAGUUGCAAGACCUUAUAUUUUUCCUUAUAAAGGAAAACUGAAACCCAGUUUCUCCUGAAGCAUCAGCCCCCCAAUCUAAAGAUGCCACUUAGGUGAGGACCAACUUCCAUACCAACAGGACUCCCCGUUCCUGUUGUAGAGCUUCCAUUGACUGGAGUGAUUGAGUCCAAGUGAACAGUUUUUGUCUUCCUACUGGGAGCUCUUGGUUAUGCUAAGCUCUAGGUGGGAUGGGAGAAAUCUAUCUUCUGUUCCUUGCUCUCAGGAGAAUUACAACAUUCCAUGGACAAAAGGUCACUUUUGACCAGGCAUUACUAUUCACAGAAAUGUUCUGUUUUCCGGAAAGAAGAAUGUACAUAUUCCACCUGAUUGGGUAGCUGAGUUCUCCAAAUCAUUUUUUGGAUGGAGGAAUGAUUUCUGUAGCAGGAACUGGAGCAGGACAAUUGUGGUAUUGUGGAACCAAAAUCCCUUGCCCUUGGUCCAGAACGGUGGUGCCUUUUCCAAGUGUUGAGAAAUAUUUUGUAGCGAGCAGUGUGUGGGAGAGCCCAAAGAGUAGGCGUGUUCUGUGUUCCACUCACUCAAAGGACAGCCUGAUAUUUUCACACUUUACCUAGGUUGGGGGAGGAUCUGAUUAAUGUUUUCUUUCCAUAGAAUAGCUAAAGGAAACCAUCUCAUUACAUUUGGAAACCUCUACUCCCUCCUAGCUUUUCUGGAGGAGAUAGUCAUGAGUCCAGCCAGGAAUGUGUGCUGCCUUUGGUUUUGGGCGUGGUGCGUAUGCACAGUAUAAAUUUAUAUCUGGGUUUCCCAGGACCAAAAUGAUUGACAAGAUGAUUCUGGUGUCUGAAUUGUUUUAAUAUCUUUACUCCAAAAAGAAAAAACCCAACAAAAACAACAAAAGAGUUAAAACAUGAUUGUUUUAUUUUUGUAUGUUUAUGUGUCAUUUUGUGUCCUAUGUGAAUAGCUAUAUAUAAUAUGUUUGUUAUUUAAGUAUAUUUAUAGAAGUUCAAAUUACUAGUUUUAAAAGAUGAUGUACUAUUAUAUGUUUUGCUCAGUAUAUGUUUCAAAGUAUAUACUUUUUGCUUGAGAAAAAUAGGAAUAAUAUUGAUUUGUUGGAGUUAUGUUGCACUAUAAUGUAUGAAGAAUGCUCAGGAAAUCUUGUGGGAUAAAUGUGGGGCAUGCAUUAAUAAUCUUGCAUUUUCUGGCCUCUCUCUUUUCUCUCUUUCUCUCUUUCAACCCAGAGAGCUUAGAUUUCUCUAUUUGUCAUAAGCCACUGUCUUAACCAGAAAAGGACUUUCUUCUUAGGUUAUCCUUUCUAGUAAAUAAACUUUAAGCUUUAAGCCCUUUAUGCUCACAAACCCAAACCAAAUGAAGCACAACUAAUGUAGACUUUUGACUAAAGACUAAUAGAAAAUUUGGGGUUUGUUGUUAAAAAGAACUCAUUUUAUUAGAGAAACAAUAUGAAAGCCUUCACUUGCUCGUCACCAUGAAUAUUUCUCAACGUAAGGAUAACCACAACCCAUCAAAAACCCAUUUUGGCUUGACCUCUAGCAAAUCGUCAGCAUAACACAGUUUACUUUGUAGCAUCAAAGUGUGUGGCUUGACAUUCAAAUGGAAAUAACCCCCUGAAUUUUAUCUGCAAACUAAAUGGAAAUAGUUGUUGAGUAUUUUUCCAACCUUUAUUAAAAAGUCUUAAAACUUUAUAAACAAAAAACAACCUUAGCAUUAAGAAA